UCUUUUUUUUUUUAAUAGUGCACCCCCCAAAGUCACUAUUGGGAGUGGGAGGUUCUGCAUUUUCAGGCCAGGAGGCCGUGGGAAGAGCCGAAAGGAGCUUGGAUGGCUUUCCCACUGGAGUUUGCUGGGAUGAGCUAGGCUGGUCCCGCUCGCCCCUCAGCACCAGCAGCAGCCCCUUGCAGGUGGAGGCUCCAUCCUCCCCAUCCUCGGGUUCACAGAGGUCACGGCCAAACGACGCCAUCAGGUGCGAACCGACUUGUUACAGCUCCCUGCUCCUCUGCAGCGCCACCAAAACAUUCCCCGGCCGGCCCAGGCGGGAGGGUGGCUCCUGCCGGGGCAGACUCCAGCCCGCAGGUACAUGACACGUCCAUGGGAGGAGGGAUGGGAGGGAGUGGCGGCUCCCGGCGCUCCCGAAGCCGCGGAGCAGAGGGAUCGCAGCCCGAUGAGAGCGGCGUGCCCGGGCAGCGGGCACCUUCGGCUCGGGGGACACCGGGGACACAGGGUCCCACAGCUCUUCUAGCCCCGGACCGCCACGGAGCACCAUGGCGUGGCUGUUCCUCACCAUUUCUUGUUUAACGUUCAUCGCUGCAAAGUCAGGAGAAAACCCCGAGGUGUCCAUGGAUGUUGGUGAAAUCAUCCAGCACCACGGGUACCCCUACGAGGAGCACGAGGUGCUGACAGAGGAUGGCUAUUACCUCACCCUGCAGAGGAUUCCCCACGGCAGAGACAACCCGGACAGCUUCAGCCUCCCCCACAAGGCAGGGCCGCAGGCAUCCAACAUGUUCUGUGCCCCUCCAAAGGCCGUGGUCCUCCUGCAGCAUGGCCUGGUGCUGGAGGGAAGCAACUGGGUCACCAACCUACCCAACAGCAGCCUGGGCUUCAUCCUCGCCGACGCUGGCUACGACGUCUGGAUCGGCAACAGCCGGGGCAACAGCUGGUCACGGAAACACCAGGAGUUUGAAUUCUACCAGCAGGAAUACUCAGCCUACAGCUUCCAUGAGAUGGCCAUGUAUGACCUGCCAGCCACCAUCAACUACAUCCUGCAGAAAUCGGGGCAGGAGCAGCUGUACUACGUGGCUUACUCCCAAGGCACCACCACAGGUUUCAUCGCCUUCUCAUCCAUGCCCGAACUGGAUCGCAAAAUCAAGAUGUUCUUCGCCUUGGCUCCGAUCACUGUGAACUCACACAUGAAGUCCCCCCUGGUGAGGGUGUUUGACCUUCCAGAGGUGCUGAUCAAGCUGGUUUUAGGACGCACAGUGGUCUUUGAUAAGGACGAGGUCUUGAAGCAAGUGAUUUCCAGGGCGUGCACCUACCCCGUGCUGAAGGUCCUGUGUGCUUUCGUGUUUUACCUGCCCGGUGGGUUCACCAACAGCUUGAACGUGAGCCGUGUCGAUGUCUACCUGGCCCGCUACCCGGACUCCACAUCCCUAAAAAACAUGUUGCACUGGCGCCAGCUCUAUCAGACAGGGGAAUUCAAGCACUAUGAUUACGGCAGUGACAACGUGCUUCAUUACAACCAGACCACUCCUCCCUUCUACGAGCUGGAGAACAUGAAAACCCCGCUGGCUACCUGGUAUGGGGGCAGGGACUGGAUUUCAGCCCCCGAGGAUGUGAACAUCACCCUGCCCCGCAUCUCCAACGUGGCCUACAAAAAGUACAUCCCCGAAUUCGUCCACUUCGACUUCCUCUGGGGCAAGCAGGUCUACGAGCAGGUGUACAAAGAAAUGCUUGACCUGAUGGAGAAGGGCGCCUAGAGCUGGAGCAGUGGCAGUGAUUGUUGGCUUCUCAGUGACUCCUGGGGCUUCUUUCAUUUGGGAAGGAAAAAAAAAAAAAAGGAAAAAAAAAAGCGAAGAAAAACUGGAGGGAUAAAGCUCAAUAAACUCAUAUACUUGGUCUGGAUUGAUCUUACCCUUGCCAGUGAGACAAACCAGCCAGUCCAAUGAUGGGGAAAGCACUCUGGAUUGAGGUUCAGCAGGUCCCUGCAGAAGCUGAGCGUGGCCCUCACACCCUGAGUCUCCAUGUGCCUCACUCACAGGUUCCCAGCAAUAACCAAUCUCAGUGGAAUUCGGCUCCUGGUGGCCACUGUGGACUCUGGGCUCUUUGAGCUUGGGCUCCCAGCUGCAAACAGCUGGACAGAAGCUCCGUGCCCUCCUGGACGCUGGUGUGAGCCCACAGGGGCAGGUCUGCUGGGAUGAAACCACGCAGUGGAUGGAUCCUGCCUGGUUUUAUUCACCUGCUGGCAACACUUCCACACCAAGAAUCCCAACAUCCUGCCCUCUCUGCCUCCAUUCACCGUGGGAAGGAGCUGUGACCUCCCUGCCUGGCGACAGUGAGGAGUGGCCUUAGGGUUUUUUUCCAUGAGAACUGCCCACUUUACUAACAAAGGGGACAUCUUUCUCAGAUUCCUGCUGAUUUGAAUAAUCUUACUUAUACACAAAGGAGUUUCAAUGAGUUCUAUCAGGAAACACCGUUUUGCUAUAUUUAAACACUUUAAGCUAUUCUAAGGCACAAACCCACCUGCAAAGGCCACCUUUUGCUGCCUCUCAGGGAAUGCUUUUGCAGGAGACAGAACAAGAGUGUGGUGGAAAGCAGUAAUGAGCCUAAAUCUGUUUUCAGCUUCUGGAUUAAAUUAAAUUUAACAAUUUAACAAUAUUAUUUUAAUAAUUUAACAAUCCUUGAUUAGAGGAGGAAUUCUGAGCUUGCUGGUUUGUGUAACUAUCUUCUUAAAAUAUGCCUGGGAGCAAGCAGGGCAAAGGAUAAGGUUCUCUUUCCACAAAUAUGUAAUAAUAAUAAUAACAAUAAAUUGGAUAGGGUCU